AUGCAACAGUGGAGUUCCCAAGAGGGGUGCCAUCAAAGGAUUUUGGCGUUGGUGUUCUGGUGCGAAAGAGGGAAGAUCAGACAAGGAAGGAUGCACGACUCUCUCAAGGCGCGCUGCAUGCUCCGGGGCCAUAGGACCGUUGCCGCCAAUCAGCAACCACCGCCGGGUAAUGUCAUGUGGGAAGAGCCAAACGGACAAAUCGAAGAACAGACAACAACGGCUGUGGAGAACAAUGAAGAAGAUCCCAAGGUCACCAACUGGUUGGAGCGUAAGCAUCUCGACCGUCAGCAAGAACUUCGUGCAGGGAGCGGAAGAUUAGCGAAAGGGGCUUGGCCAGUUCGUGCCCCGGCGGCCACGCUUUUGACUGGAGAUGGGAGAAAAAGCAGCAUCAAAUACAGUAAGAGCGAACGCUCGCGUUUACGAGGGAUGAACUCGAAUUGA